AUGGUCAAGAACAUUGUCAUUAUCGGCGGCGGUUAUGCUGGCGUGAUGCUUGUUACAAAGCUAGAGCGUUCUAUAUCCAAGCAUCAAGAUUACCGCAUUAUCAUGAUUGAAAAGAAAACCUACUUUUACCAUAUCAUUGCAGCUCCUCGUGCGGCGGUUGAGGAUUGGGAUGUGCUUAUUCCUUAUACCCAUCUUUUCAAAGAAAGCAAGAACCAGGUUGUCCAUGCUACAGCCAUGCAUCUCAACAAGCACUCCGUGAUUUUGGAUACUCCCUUUGAAGGUAGCACCGAACUCCCUUUUGAUUAUUGCAUCCUUGCCACCGGUAUCAAGUAUCCCAUUCCUUCCAAGAUUUACGACAUCGACGUUGCUGACGGUAGCAGUCGUAUGUCACACAUUCGAUCCAUGGUCGCCAAAGCCGAGUCAAUCAUGGUGAUAGGAGGUGGUGCAGCUGGUAUUGAACUUACAGGCGAGAUCCGAGAAAAUUACAAGAACAAGAAAAUUGUCCUCGUGCACAACCAUGAUCAUCUCUUACAAUCAUCCUUUUCCAUCAAAGAUCGCGAGUAUGUCCUCGAAAAGGUGCAAAAGAAUAACAUUCAGGUGAUACUUGGAGAAAAGGUGGUAUUGCCCGAUGGCGUGCCUGAUGUCUUUGUGCCUGAAAACCCCAUCAUGAGCGAAAAGGGCACGAUCUUAUCCACAGUCGAUUUGGUUAUGGUUGCCUUUGGUAAUAAUGCAGACACCGACUGGUUACAACAACACCGCGAUACCAUUUUAUCACCCAAGGGAUACAUUCGUGUGAAGCCAACAUUGCAAGUGGAUGCUGUGGGCUAUGAACACAUCUAUGCUCUCGGUGAUGCAGCUGACCUCGAUGAACUCAAGUUGGCCUUUUCUAUCAAGAGACAAGUGCCUGUGGUGGUAAAUAACUUGGUGCAAGCUAUUCAAGGAGGACAUACAUCUAUGGAUGAAUACAAGCCAAAAUUCCUCAAGAUGGAAAUCACUUUGGGCAAGAGUCAAGGCAUUUUAAUGACACCUCUUGGAACAUUUGGGAAUUGGGCAUCAAAAAAGGGAAGGGACCAAUUGACCAAAAAGUUAUGGAAGAUGAUGAAUGCUGGUCAACCAAGUAAAUAUCCAGCUGACACAAACGCUGUUGUUGAACAUCCACCUACUUCAUUUCAUCAAGCGCAACUAUAA